GAGAAAUAUCGCGAUGAUACAACUCGAAAUAUUCAACUUUUGCGCGCCUUUAAAUUCUUUUUCUUAAGGCUGUAAUGAUCAUUAUAAUAUUAAAAUUAAAAAUUGAAAGAAAACAAAGAUUGGAAGUUACAUUUGGAAAUAAGUUACUCUUGAAAUUAAUCAAGUUGCAAAAUGAGUGAGAAACUAGCACCAAGUAAAUCAACUGUUUAUAUUUCUAAUUUACCAUUCUCUUUAACAAAUAAUGAUCUGCACAAGCUAUUGGAAGAUUACGGUAAAAUAGUUAAAGUGACAGUUGUGAAAGAUAAACGAACCAGACGUAGUAAAGGUGUUGCAUUUGUACUAUUUCUAUCUAAAGAAGAUGCUCAAAAUUGUGCAAGCCAUCUCAAUAAUACCGAAAUAGGAGGACGUACUGUCAAGAGUUCCAUUGCAGUUGAUAAUGGCAGAGCAACCGAGUUUAUAAGACGUAGGGAUUAUCCAGAUAAAUCAUUUUGCUAUGAGUGUGGUGAAGAAGGGCACUUAUCUUAUCAGUGCCAAAAAAAUACCUUAGGAGAAAGAAUACCACCACUAAAAAAAGUAAGGAAAAGAAAAAGUAAAAACAAAGGAGAAGCAGAAGAAGCUGAUACCAGUUAUUAUGACAGUGAUAGUGAGGAUCAUGUUAGAGAACCACAGAAGUCAGCAGAUAUUCCUAGUGACAAUGAUUCUUCUGAUGCAGAUCAGGAUACUUUGAGUUCUGUUAUCCAGAAAGAGCAAAAACGUAGAGAGCUGGAGUUGUACAGACAUAAAGUUGCAACAGGACAAAACGAUUCUGUAGAACAACUGUUUAUUAAAAAAAGUAAUAAGCGUUUCAAGAAAAGCUCAUACUUUAGCGACGAAGAGGAACUUAGCGAUUAG